GGGUCAUCCAGGAUAAUUGCUAGUAUGGCUGCAGUUGGGAAUCGACAAACUCACAAUGUGAAUUCACAAAGAGGCUUGCGACAAUGACUCAGUUGGCAGCGGGAUGAAGGCAUAUAAAUCGCGGCCGCCCUCUCUUCGUAUUCUGAAGAGUAGCAGCUCUAACAUCAACCAUGGAGAAGCACGAUCUUCUACUAAUCGUCGACGCGACGGCGUCCAUGGCAAACUACCUCGCAGCUCUAAAUACCUCUCUGUCCCAAAUCAUAUCUAUAUCAGCCCUGACUGGGUGCUUUUCGCGCAUCGGAGUCCUGGCAUACCGCGAUUACUCCAACAUCGCCACUCUACUGGAAUUCUCAGAAUGGCUGGACCUUGAGCCUGGUGCGGACCCUGAAAAGCAGCCGGAUAUCGUAGCGUUUGCGAGGAGGCUGCGCGCAACGGGUGGUGGGGACUACCCCGAGGCAGCGAAGACAGCCCUAGCCCAGGCCUAUUCAACCAUGCGACCGGACGCAAAGACAUUAAUUCUUCUUUACGCUGAUGCGCCGCCUCAUACCGCCGCUGCAGCUCUCCACCGGAAGAGCAACGCCCAGGCGGAGAUUAAUCAGCUGUCCCUGUCGUCCAUGUACGGCGGGUUUGGGCCCUCGUUCCUCGACUGGGUCUCCGCUGCGAAUGCUCUUCGUGAUGGCCACAACAAUGCACAGGUCUUUGCCCUUCUAGCGCCGCGUAUGGAUCGCGAUGAUGCCACUUACUACAACUACCUGUGUGAAAUAACAGGCGGGGCCUGUACCCACUUGGUUGAUUCCCAGCCAGACACGAUCUCCAAGGCGUCUGUAGAGCUCCUUUUGGCAUGGAUGGGCGUCGACAAGGACAGCGGCGGCGUGAACAACUCUGACUCUGAUGCGAUUGGCGACUGGACCUACUACGUUUCCACGGAGGGGAUACACGCUCUCGAAAACGAGGAAGAUCUGAACACUCGUCGGUUCUUCCCUGUUCCUUACAACCAGAAGACCAAGGUGCUACAUAACAUCGCCAAAAUGCGUCUGACAACGGAUGUCAUCAAGCAGCGUCUGCCCAAGAAGUCCGUCCCGGCUCAGAACCCAGCGGGUCGAUGGGCUGUCGACAAGGCUUAUCGGGACAUGGCCUCACAGCACUUGAUGCGCAUCAUCAAGGAGGAUGUCGUUGCUAUUGCCAUUAACCCCGUGUUCGGCGCAUUGUGGAGGGCUGUUUGCAAGGACAGGACAUACGAACAGCGCGAAGUUCUUCUUGAUAAAUUUAGCAAGGCAGUUGGGGAAAUCACGGACGCAAAGAAAAAGGACUUGAUGCAGGAGUGGCUGGAGGAGUCGUACAAUUUCAUUGCAGAGAUCCAGGCGACCAUUGACAGCGUGCCUGAAGACGACCAAUUCCCUUGCGUCUUCCUGGACCCGACAGUGAAUUUCAACAGGUCUCCAGAUAAAGAUGAUACAGAUGCACCCGUUGGCAACCUCACGAGAAAAGAGCUCCUGGAAAUUUCCAGAUCCUGCGAUCCUCGCAUCCUGCGCCGUCUCGGCCGUAUAUUAACCCAACUCUCGUAUGUGAAGGAUGCUAAAAGCAUGCCGAAGCACAUUGUCAAGUCAGAUACCAGCCAGGCCAGACGUAUUCCCCUUGUACUAGCCUCCGAGCGGUAUGGUAGCCAGUUCUGGACGAUCAUGCUUCACACCAUAACCCCUGGCACUCAGUUAGCACCGAGAGCAGCAGCACUGCUCGCAGCACUCGUAAUCCGCCUGGGUAUCCCGUUUCUCGCCGAAAUUGCAGAACGCGAGGUGCUGAGCUACAAGGACAAAUGGAACAACAUCGAAGUCCCUGAGACAUUUGCUACCAGCUGCAUGGGUCUUUUGCUUGACGCAAAUUCCGCACACCAGAAGACCCAGAGAGGUGAAACUGCAGGAGAGACCAGUCUUCUCAACGAGUCUGAUCGACUGCUUUUCGAGCGCUUGAUCGCCUUCAAGAUGCUCGAGUAUAACCUCGAUACUCCUCUGACAGCUCGAAUCCCCUGGACGCCGAACAAAGAUGUCGUUCCCAUGGGGCCGGUAGUGACAUGUCGGCUGUGCCAGUAUCCUAGGUCCGUGACACUCAUGGGCCCCGAUAACCAGUGUGGUGUUUGUAUUGGGGCGUUGUCUGGGAGGCCAAACAGCACUGGUGCUGGAGUAUCACAUGCAGACAAUCCAGAUUCAAAGAUGUCUUGGGUGGAGUGCACAGUGCCCUCAUGCAGAGGGCAGUAUGUCGUAUACGACGUUGCGGGUCUGAGAUGUCGCCCGAAGUGUCACUAUUGCCGGUUGAAAGGUACGGGCGUUUCAGUGACUGCACCGGUGGUCGAGUGCAGCAAAUGUACCAACCGCAUAAUCUGGCCAGAGGAAUAUCGUCCCUCUUCGUUCGAUGUAUCGCAGUUUGUCUGUACCGCGUGCGAGUCCGGACGACAGACGACUGAAGACAUCGAAACAUCAGCUAAAGCUCUUAACGUCGAGAACGGCACGUCAUGGCUAGCAGAGGAUUCGGAUAAACCCGGCGAGUCCCCGUUCACCAACCGCUCCCCGUUCUACAUCGUAUCAACAAUGGGAGCAGACGGGUUCAUGCGCCGAAUAUCACUCUUCCCUGCGCAAGAUCGGUCUUUCACCCAGCGUGGAAAGCAAGUCCGCAACACAAACGAGCUGAUUUCCACCCUGAAAGUCUUUGUCGACCGCCGCAAGUCUGCAAGGAUCGAUUGUUCUCUGUGCUUCGACUCCUUCUGGCCCAGUGCCUUGAAUCCCGCCUGCGGCCGCCGAGGAUGUUUACAGCGAAUCUGCACAACCUGCUCAGGUUCAUGGUACGGCACCAAUACUCCGGGAUCAAUCAUAAACCCUGCUACCCUGGCUUGUCCAUUCUGUCGACGGUUCCCCGCCCCGCAGACCCUGGCUAAAUAUGGCAAAGGUGUUCAUACGGUCAAGGACCUGAAUAUGGCUAUCCAGAACCACGGAAGCUGGGUUUAUGCAUGGUGCGUGGACUGUUCGUCGGCGAAGCAGUUCGUGGAGCGCGACUGUGCCAGCGGAACACCGCCGACUUUACAGGAUUGGACGUGCGAGGAGUGCCAGGAGCAGGCGCGGCUAGCUCGAGUUGAUACAAAUACUGAACGCGAUAUUGCUCAAAUCAAGAAGAUAAAACCCUGUCCAGAGUGUGGGACAAUGACUCAGAAGAUUGCAGGGUGUGGCCAUAUCACUUGUCCUGUUGAGGGGUGCGGUACUUGCUGGUGCUACUUCUGCGGGGAGAAGGUUCCUGAGGACAUGAUUUAUGACCAUAUGGCGAUGGAUCAUGGUGGGAUCUUUGAGCGUGGUGAGUUGGGAGAUUAUCCAGAUGAUGAGCGUGAUGAGUUCGAUGAUGAUGAUGAUGACGAUGAUGACGAUAUGAUGGUUCAUUGAAUGAUUUGAGAGAAGUGAAAAUACCUUGCAAGGUUGAUGUUUUUGUUUUUCUGUUACGUUGAAUUGUUAGAACAGCGAAAUUUAUCUACUAGAUUUAAAAAAAAAUGUAUAUCAAGUCUUGCCCAGAAAAGUGUAACCAAUUUAUAUAUAAUAUAUUGC